GCCAUUGAUAGGUUAAUUUUCUCGAAAACUAAAUACUGUGUCUCUGUGGCGCUUUGUUUUGAGCGACCUGUCCAACCAGACACAACAACGCUGACUCGACUAGUAAUUUGAGUUUGGGGAGGGACUAGGCCUGUUUUUUCGAUCAACAGCAGACGGGGGGCAUAUUCAGAAAGCUGUUUGUAAACAAACGUUUAUUUUUGCAACUCCGUUCGGUGGCGCUUGUUACCCACGACCAAAAUUUUACAUCAAACUUUCAAGCUAUAUCCAACAAACUCAGCACAGUCCUUCAACCUGUUCUGACUCAAAUUGCAGCAUAUUUUCUAAUCAGCAGAUUUCCUGUAGCGGGUGAUCAACAAUUUCAUUUUAAAAUUUCAGAUAAACUUCAAACUUGUACUGUCAAAUUUCCAAGCUUUUUAAACUUGCAGUCAAGGCUUUGUCAAGCCAACAUUCAAAGUCCUUUUAUAGUUUCUUAAUGGACUCUUUGUUGUGAGACACUAUAAUUUCAUGAACCACAGAUCUGUUCUAUUCAUACCACAGUCAUACCAUAGUAAAGUUCCCAAACAGGUGCAAUUCCAUCUGCAUCUGGAGAGUGCCGUCUGCUCUACACGCUCAGUCAUGGCUGCUUUCACCCAAACCAGUUUCUGCUCAUGAUGGGCGUGACACCAAACUGAUGAGUCUGUCGCCCGGCCAGUGUGGCUGGAUUUAUCACAUACACACUCGUACACACACAACUCACCGCUUCAGAUACUCGCACAAGCUUCGUCACCUUCUCUCUGUGGUUUUGGAGCUCAGCUGAGACAAGAUGCCGUACAAUGCGACCCAGUCAGGAGGCUCUGGGCAGAAGUUCCAGGCAGAGAGCACGCAGGCGGAUGGAAAGACGUUUGAACAGCUCCGACAAGAGUGUUUGCAGAAGGGGAAGUUGUUUGAAGAUCCAGAUUUUCCUGCAGUGGAAUCCUCGCUCUUCUACAGCCAAAGAGUCCCGGUGAACUUUGAAUGGAAGAGGCCAGGGCAAAUCUGCAAAGACCCCAAAUUCAUCACUGGAGGAGCCACCAGGACGGACAUCUGUCAGGGACAAUUGGGAGACUGUUGGUUGUUGGCAGCGAUCGCCUCCCUCACUCUCCAUGAAGAAACACUGAAGAGGGUGGUACCACAUGACCAGAGCUUUGACCUUGGCUACGCUGGCAUCUUCCACUUUCAGCUCUGGCAGCACAACAAAUGGCUGGAUGUGGUGGUGGAUGACAGACUCCCGUGUGUGAGGAACAACCUUGUCUUCCUCCAUUCUGCUGACAGCACUGAGUUCUGGAGUGCUCUUCUGGAGAAGGCCUAUGCCAAGCUAAACGGCAGCUAUGAGGCCCUCAAAGGUGGAAGUACCAUGGAGGCCAUGGAGGACUUCACUGGGGGUGUGGGGGAGAUGUACGAGACCAAGAGCGCUCCAAGCAACCUCUUCAACAUCCUGAAGAAAGCCAUAGACAGAGGAUCCAUGCUCGGCUGCUCCAUAGAUAUCACAAGUUCUGCCGAAUCUGAGGCACAAACCACCACAGGUCUGGUUAAAGGCCAUGCCUACUCCGUCACUGGAGUGGAGGAGGUGAACUACAGAGGAGCAAAGGUCCAGCUGAUUCGUGUCAGGAACCCCUGGGGCCAGGUGGAGUGGAACGGCCCCUGGAGCGACAACUCUAGAGAGUGGAGCGUGAUUGAUAAGGCGGAGAAAACCCGACUGCUGCAAAACUCCCUGGAUGAUGGAGAGUUCUGGAUGGAGUUUGGAGACUUUAAAGCCAACUACGAUAAGGUGGAGAUCUGUAACCUGACUCCAGACUCUCUGACAGAUGACACAAAAAUGAAAUGGGAAGUGAACAUGUUUGAGGGCAACUGGAUCAGGGGCUCCACCGCUGGCGGCUGCAGGAACUUCAUUGAUACGUUCUGGACGAACCCUCAGUUUAAGCUUCGUCUGGAGGACCCUGAUGAUGGGGACAAUAAGUGCAGCGUCAUCGUUGCUCUGAUGCAAAAGAACCGCCGUCGACUGAGGAAAGAAGGGCUUGACAUGGAGACCAUCGGCUUUGCUGUUUACGAGGCACCUAAUGAUGAAGACUACCAGGGGAAGGACUUUUUCCGUUAUAAUGGCUCUAAAGCCCGAAGCCGUGCGUACAUCAACACGAGGGAGGUGUCUGAGCGCUUCAGACUUCCCCCUGGAAACUAUAUGCUGGUGCCCACCACCUUCCAGCCGCACACUGAAGCCGACUUCCUCAUCCGGAUCUUCUCAGAGAAGAAAGCUGGAGCCAUUGAGAUGGGAAACACCAUUGAAGCAGACCUGCCAGAUCCACCAGUUCCCAACCCUCCUGAGGAGGAGACAGAUGAAGAGAAGGGUUUGAGGAGGCUGUUUGAACAGAUCGCUGGCUCGGAUAAGGCCAUCAGUGCCAGAGAACUGCAGCAGGUGCUGAACGGAGUUCUGAGCAGGAGGAAAGAGGUGAAGUUUGAUGGUUUGACCCUCAACACCUGCCACAGCAUCAUAAACCUCAUGGAUGUUGAUAACACAGGAAUGCUGGAAUUCGAGGAGUUCAAAGUAUUCUGGGAUAAACUGAAGAAAUGGAUUAUGCUGUUCCUCUCUUUUGAUACGGAUCGUUCAGGACGCAUGUCCUCCUAUGAGCUCCGCAGUGCUCUUAACGCUGCAGGGAUGCAUUUGAACACAAAGCUUUUGCAGUUGAUUUGUCUCAGGUUUGCUGAUGAGAAUUUUGACAUUGAUUUUGAUGAUUACCUGACCUGCAUCGUUCGCCUGGAGAAUAUGUUCCGGGUUUUCCAGGCCUUUGACAGGCAAAAGACAGGAGUGAUCAGCCUAAACAUUCAGCAGUUCCUGUUUUUGUCCAUGAAUGUCUGAAGAUUUGACCAAACGAGAGAGAAGAAAAGCACAAAGGGAACAAAGGAAGACGUUUUAGAUGGAGUCAGUUGUGCCACUGUGGAUUUUGACUGUUGAAUACACUUGUUUUUUGUUUGUUUGUUUAGGGUUCUUUCCCAUUAGGCCUACUUCUGAAUAUGGAUUUAUGAGAGUUUUGCUGUGAUUAAAACUUUCAUGAAAAUGCUUUGC